AUGUCGGCACGACAAGGUCGCCUCAAAGAUGAGGGUACCAAGCUCCAGGUCGUCUCGGCCGGCGCCGUAGCCGGCUUGGUAUCUCGAUUCGUCAUCGCGCCCCUAGACGUCGUCAAGAUCCGCCUCCAGCUCCAACCAUAUUCCCUAUCCGACCCGCUCCUACCCUUACGCGACGCCCCGGCCUAUCGGGGCACCUUCGCCACCCUCAAGCACAUCAUCAGUCAUGAGGGCUUCACUGCGUUGUGGAAAGGCAACGUCCCCGCCGAGAUGAUGUAUGUUUGCUACACCGCCGUCCAGUUUACCACGUACCGUUCGGCGACACUCUUCCUCCAAACUGCCCUGCCUACACGCCUCCCGGACGCCGCCGAGAGCUUCAUCGCGGGUGCGGCCUCGGGCGCCGCGGCCACCACCGCGACAUACCCUCUCGACCUUUUGCGGACACGCUUCGCCGCACAAGGCCGGCGGCGGAUCUAUGGGUCACUGCGGGCGGCCACGUGGAACAUUUAUCGAGACGAGGGGUUCCGAGGCUUCUACCGCGGCCUGGCCCCCGCUGUGGGCCAGAUAAUACCGUUCAUGGGCAUCUUCUUCGUCACGUACGAGGGUCUUCGGGUGCGGCUCGCCGACUAUCACAUGCCUUGGGGGAGCGGCGAUGCCACUGCCGGCAUCGUGGGCAGCGUCAUCGCCAAGACGGCCGUCUUCCCGCUCGACCUGGUACGGAAGCGCAUCCAGGUCCAGGGUCCUACGCGACGCCACUACGUCUACAACGACAUUCCUGAGUAUACCACGGCGCUGCGCGCAAUCAGAACGAUUGCGCAGACGGAGGGCUUCAGGGGACUGUACAAGGGGUUGCCCAUCAGCCUCAUCAAGACGGCGCCUGUUAGCGCCAUCACACUGUGGACGUACGAGCGCACCCUGAAGUUCAUGAUCAACUUUGAUUCGCGCCGUGAGACGCUACCAUUAUAG